GCGAUGGUGGAAUAGAGCUGCCUCGCAGAGGCAGCAUGAGCUGAAAGGGUGAUAGGAAGGAGGCACUAGACAGGAUGGAGGACUUUCUGCUCUCCAAUGGGUACCAGCUGGGCAAGACCAUUGGGGAAGGGACCUACUCAAAAGUCAAAGAAGCAUUUUCCAAAAAACACCAAAGAAAAGUGGCAAUUAAAGUUAUAGACAAGAUGGGAGGGCCAGAAGAGUUUAUCCAGAGAUUCCUGCCUCGGGAGCUCCAAAUUGUCCGUACCCUGGAACACAAGAACAUCAUCCAGGUGUAUGAGAUGCUGGAGUCUGCCGACGGGAAAAUCUGCCUGGUGAUGGAGCUUGCUGAGGGAGGGGAUGUCUUUGACUGCGUGCUGAAUGGCGGGCCACUGCCUGAGAGCCGGGCCAAGGCCCUCUUCCGUCAGAUGGUUGAGGCCAUCCGCUACUGCCAUGGCUGUGGCGUGGCCCACCGGGACCUCAAAUGCGAGAACGCCUUGUUGCAGGGCUUCAACCUGAAGCUGACUGACUUUGGCUUUGCCAAGGUGUUGCCCAAGUCGCGCCGGGAGCUGAGCCAGACCUUCUGCGGCAGCACAGCCUAUGCCGCCCCUGAGGUGCUACAGGGCAUUCCCCAUGAUAGCAAGAAAGGUGAUGUCUGGAGCAUGGGUGUGGUCCUGUAUGUCAUGCUCUGUGCCAGCCUACCUUUUGACGACACAGACAUCCCCAAGAUGCUGUGGCAGCAGCAGAAGGGGGUGUCCUUCCCCACUCAUCUGAGCAUCUCGGCCGAUUGCCAGGACCUGCUCAAGAGGCUCCUGGAACCCGACAUGAUCCUCCGGCCUUCAAUUGAAGAAGUUAGUUGGCAUCCAUGGCUAGCAAGCACUUGAUAAAAGCAAUGGCAAGUGCUCCCCAAUAAAGUAGGGGGAGAAAGCAAACCCAAAAAUCCGCUUCUAAAA